AUGGUGGAGUACUGCGAGGCGCUGUCCCUGUGCAAGAGCGUGACGCGCUUCUGCGGUGACGGGCACAUGGAAGACGCCGCCGCGCUGGCCAACCUGGAGCAGUACUUCCUGAAGCACCUGGACUUCUGCGUACCGGAGCCCGCCCCAGUGGCGACGCCGGGGGUGGGCGGGGACACCGUCCGGUUGAUCGAAGGACCCCCGGGCCCGCCGGGCCCCAAGGGCGAAAAGGGCGACAAGGGCGACAAGGGAGACAAAGGGGACAAGGGCGAUCCCGGAGCCCCAGGAGCGCCCGGCCUGCCUGGCGAGCCCGGCCUCGACGGCGCCCCAGGCAUUCCCGGCGGAAAGGGUGAUUCAGGAGAUCCAGGCACGCCUGGGACGCCCGGAAUGAAGGGGGAGCCUGGAGAGCCAGGAGCACCCGGGCUGCCAGGGGCACCGGGCUUCGAUGGAGAGCCAGGUCUUCCAGGAUUCGGCAAUCCGGGCUCUCCAGGAAAGGACGGGAUCCCGGGGGCUCCCGGAUUGGACGGAGAGGACGGCCUGCCGGGAGGUCCGGGUGCCCCCGGCGCCCCAGGGCUGGACGGCGCGCCGGGCACUCCCGGCAGUGAUGGCGAGCCAGGCGUUCCCGGCGCACCAGGCAGGGACGGCAUCGACGGCAACCCCGGCCAGCCUGGUGCGCCUGGCGGCCCCGGCGCUGACGGACUGCCUGGGGCCCCUGGUGGACCCGGGGCCCCAGGUUUCGACGGGGCACCAGGGGAGAAGGGCGAGCCGGGCGAACCAGGCAUUGGAUUGGUGGGGGCUCCGGGAGAGCCGGGUGCUGAUGGCGCCCCAGGGGCGCCUGGCGUGGGGAUCGUCGGGCCGCCAGGCGAGCAAGGAGCGCCCGGAGCGCCGGGCGUGGGUAUCCCGGGCAAGGACGGCGAGCCGGGCGUCCCGGGCAGGGAUGGUGCCGAGGGCAUUCCGGGCGCCCCGGGUGCUCCGGGCGGCCAGGGUGCCCCGGGCGCGCCGGGCAAGGACGGCGACGACGGCAUCGGACUGCCGGGCGCCCCGGGCGCACCAGGACUCGACGGUGCGUCAGGAGCGCCUGGGCUGGACGGCGCCCCAGGUGCACCGGGAUUUGAUGGAACCCCUGGCCUUCCAGGCGCUCCCGGCGGCCCUGGCCCUGCCGGUGCACCGGGCGCACCAGGCGUUGGCAUCCCUGGCAGUGACGGUGCGCCAGGCGUCCCAGGCCUGGACGGCAGCGACGGCGCACCAGGUGUCCCGGGAUCGCCCGGCGCUCCAGGCUUGGAUGGGGCGCCCGGCGCGAAGGGCGAGCCAGGAACAGCGGGAGCAGUUGGCGCCAACGGGGCCCCGGGCGCCGACGGUGCUCCCGGCGCGCCGGGCGCAGAUGGCCUAACGGGGGCCCCAGGGUCCCCAGGCGCUCCGGGCAAGGACGGCGAGGACGGCGUUGGAAUUCCGGGGUCCCCGGGCGCGCCAGGACUUGACGGCGCUUCAGGAGCACCUGGGCUGGACGGCGCCCCAGGUGCACCGGGACUCGAUGGUACCCCUGGUCUUCCAGGGGCUCCUGGCGGUCCCGGCCCCGCCGGUGCACCAGGCGCUCCAGGUGUGGGGAUCCCUGGCGCGGACGGCCAACCAGGCGCCCCAGGCGCCCCAGGCGCAAGCAUCCCAGGCGAACCGGGCCUGGACGGCGCCCCGGGAGCUCCCGGCGCUCCGGGCGCGCCAGGCGUAGGCAUCCCGGGCAAGGACGGCGCCCCAGGAGCACCGGGAUUCGAUGGUGCCCCCGGCGUUCCAGGCACUCCGGGCGGUCCCGGCCCCGCCGGGGCACCGGGCGCGCCAGGCGUUGGGAUCCGCGGCGUGGACGGCCAACCAGGCGCACCAGGUGCCCCAGGCGUGGGCCUGCCGGGCGAACCGGGGCUCGAUGGCGGCCCAGGCGCUCCGGGGGCUCCGGGCGCGCCAGGCGUGGGCAUUCCCGGCGAGGACGGCGAGCCUGGCGCCCCAGGCUCCCCGGGCGUGGGCAUCCCGGGCAAGGACGGAUUGGACGGCGCUCCGGGCGCCCCGGGGGCCCCGGGGGUCGGCCAACCGGGCUCGCGGGGCCCAGAGGGCGCCCCGGGCGAGCCGGGCGCACCGGGCACCCCGGGGAGCAAGGGGGAGCCCGGGGCGCCCGGUGUGGGCCUGCCGGGAGCGCCGGGGGCGGAUGGAUUGCCCGGAGGCCCGGGCGCCCCCGGCGCGCCGGGAGAGAGGGGCGAGCGCGGGCCCGAGGGCCUGACCGGCCUGCCGGGCGUGCCGGGCACCCCCGGCAAGUUCGUGGGAUCCGGGGAUGUGGCAGGGCAGACGGUGAAGGGCGGGGAGAAGAAGGGGUACGCGCCGGCGAGCAAGGCCGGGUAUCACGGCGGGGAGUCCGGCGGAAGGCUGCGAGGUUGUCGUGGUUCCCUGAAUCUCAAGCGGACGCGGGAUGCCCGGGUGAAGGCCAAAAGCGCCGAUUGCCGCACGGUGGCUCGGGCGGGCUCAGGCCCUCCUCGCGUUUCGGACGACAUCGCGUGCUUCUCUGCGGGGACCAUCGCUCGGUCCCGCGUGGCGUGCACGUCCAUCCCAAGAGUUCUGCGAUGCAUUCCCUUGCGCACCCUGACCCAGAUCCUCGCCGCCCUGGAGGAGAACAACCUCCUGGCCGACGAGGACAUGUUCCGGCGCGCGGGCCUUGUGGAAAUCCUGGACGACCCCGAGGUGCCCGUCACUUGCUUCGUGCCCACCGAGGAGGUCGCCACCCGCACCCUGGCGGGCAAGGACGACGCCACGCUGGCGACCGUGCUGCCCUUCCACAUCGUGGUGGGCGAGAUUCUCAACAGCGGGGAUUGGAUCGACGGCCAGUCCUACGAGACGGCGCUCCAGGCAAGCCCGUGCGGGCUCACCACGCUGGAGCUCAAGCUGAAGACGGUGCCCAUGGUGGUGGGCGGGGCGGACACAGCGGCCAGUAUCGUCAACGUGGAUGUGGCCGUCACCAACGGCGUGGUCCACGCCAUCGACAUGGUACUGCUGCCGUGCCCCAUCGGCUACUGA